ACAUGCAUGUGUGUUGUGUGCUGUAUGUAUUGUGCAUAUGAUGCGGGGCCGGACUUUUGGCGUUACGCUGAAACUGUCUUCGUGUGCGUGUCUUGCUCUCCCAGUAUAUAUGCGUCCUUGCAGUAGCUAGCAGCAGCUUACCCCUCUCGCCGCCACCGCCGCACUGCAGACUGUGUGAGUGCUGCUGGGCUAGCUCGCGCUCUCGCUCACAGUCUGCAGUGACCACAGCUAGCUAGCUCUAGUGUAUCCUGUUCCUCACCACUCCAAAAAGAAGAACGAGCUGAGAGGCCUGCUAGCUAGGCUUGCUUGCUUAAUUAGCUUGCCGUUAAUGGAGGAGGGGCUGCCGCCGGGGUUCCGGUUCCACCCGACGGACGAGGAGCUCGUCACCUACUACCUCACCCGCAAGGUCUCCGACUUCGCCUUCGCCACCCGCGCCAUCGCCGACGUCGACCUCAACAAGUGCGAGCCAUGGGACCUCCCAAGCAAAGCUAGCAUGGGCGAGAAAGAAUGGUACUUCUUCAGCAUGCGUGACAGGAAAUACCCGACUGGAAUCCGGACGAACCGCGCCACUGAUUCAGGCUACUGGAAGACGACGGGCAAGGACAAGGAGAUCUUCCACUGCGGCAUGCUCGUGGGGAUGAAGAAAACCCUAGUCUUCUACAGGGGCAGGGCUCCCAAGGGCCAGAAGACCAGCUGGGUCAUGCACGAGUACAGGCUCCAGAACAAGUUCCCCUACAAACCAAACAAGGAGGAAUGGGUGGUGUGCAGGGUGUUCAAGAAGUGCCAGGUCAUCAAGAUGAGACCGCCACAGGACAGCCCCACGAUGGGCUCCCCAUGCCACGACGCCGGCAACGCCUCCCUGGGCGAGCUCGGGGAGCUCGACGUGUCCUCCAUCCUCGGCGGCCUGGCCGCCGCCGCGGCGCACACAUCAUCCGGCUCGCCGCCGGGCGUGCUGCAUCACCAGGGCUCCGCCGCCGCCGCCGAGAGCUUCGUCGGCGCCCACAACAGGCCGGUGGACAUGAGCGCGUACAUGAGCUGGAUGGCGGCGGCCAACCAGGGCGCCGCAGCGGCCGCCGCCAUGCUUCCCUGGGCCACGACGACGCCGCCGGGAUUGUUCGGCAAUGUCUUCGCGCCGAAUAACCACCAGCUGCUGCAGAAGCCGCUUCCGUUCGCCGGCGGGUGCAGCGGCCAGCCGCGAGGGCUCGGUGGCGUCGUGGCAAACAACGUCGUCGUCGGAAGUGGUGAGCAUGCCAUGUUCGGGAGCUCCGUGGUGAAGGUUGGCAUGGAAUGUGAUCAGCAGCAGCAGCCGGAGCAGCAGCUGGGGAUGGACGAGUCGACAUGGAGAACAUUCUGAUGAUCAUCACCUAUACAAGUUACACACAAAAAAGACCAUCAUACUACGCAUACAUACGACGCCAGAUCGAUCAACACUUAAUUAGUUAUGGACUUGUGGUCAAUUAAUAUAUACACUUGUAGGGGGAUGUUGUAGGUGAUAUAAUAUGGGACAAAUUACCCAUUUGGUCGAAAUCAGUAAACAUAACUAGAAAAGUGCCAUGUUAUGUUGAAAUGGGACAAACCCAUUAUUAUAUAGAAGUGGACGUGUCCUGUUAAUCUGUGUACUAUGUCUUGUGAGAAAAAAUAUUAUAAGAUUAGUC